AUGGAGCCCUGUGGUCAUUGUAUUUUCUCCAAUAAACAAUGCCAUUAUGGCCGUGGAUCAGCACAACUUCACGGACAUGCAGAUGAACAAACUUCUGAUGGCCAGAUCGUCGAUGAAUCUGCGCCCGCUGUGCACGUGCAUGCACUCAGUGCCACCCCACAACAGGUCUCCGUUCCUCUGAUGGGACCGAGGACGCCCUCAGUCUUAUUUCGCCGCACUGGGCAUGUGUCGGAUGCCCAACUCACUGUACCUCGCUCAGGUGUCAUCACGACAUCCCUCGACCAGGAAACGAGCACUAUUGUCGAGCGAAACGACAUCGGAAAUGCUUCACAGGAGUCGACCAUCUCCUUGAACAAGUCCAGAGUGUUCGGAAAGAGCCACUGGACAAACUCCACCCUUGAGCUUCAAAAGACAGCCGCUGUCCUGAAUCCUGAAGAUGAACAUGCAAUUGGUAAUGAAGAUCUUGCCAGACUGAAAUGGGAAAUUGGGUCUCUCCUUCAGAUGUGCAAAUCUCUUUCCAAGGCUAUCAAGUCUCACCAAACAAGCAUGCCCCGUUGUGACUCACAGGCAUAUCCAUCAAUCGCGAAAAUUAUUGUCGAUCAGAUGGUUUGUUUGUAUGCAACACGAUUUGAGUCUGCAUUUCGCAUACUGCACAUCCCGUCGUUUUGGAGGGAGUACGAGAUGUACUGGAGUGGUCCUACUGAAACUGAAACUAUCCUCCGGUUAAAGGUCCAGCUUGUCACAGCUCUCGGAAUGUCUAUCUGCCCACCUACCAUGGACACACCCGAUCUAUACUCAACAGCACGCCAAUGGUUAUACGCCGCGCAGGACUGGCUAGCAGGACCCAUGAAAAAGAGUUGUAUUACCAUCGCUGGCCUACAGGUGCAAUGUCUUCUGGUCUUGGCUCGGCAGGCUCUUGCGCUUGGGGGCGACCUAGUCUGGAUAUCCAUGGGGACAGUCACUCGGACGGCCAUGCAGAUGGGCCUACACCGUGACCCGAGCCAUUUCAAGAGGAUGGGUGUACUUGAAGCUGAGGUCCGUCGAAGACUCUGGGCAACUGUCUUAGAGCUGAAUGUUCAAGCAGCCUUAGAUGCUGGAGUACCACCUACUAUAUCAUGCGAUGACUUUGACACGGAGGCACCAUCCAAUUUCAAUGACGAGGAUAUUGAUAACCAGGGUGAAGCACUCCCUGCACACUCCAUCACCGUAGUCACCGAGUCAUCUCUCCAGCGCUUUUUGUUCCAAUGUCUCCGUCCAAGACUGGAAGUCGCCAGGAUUAUGAAUGGCAUAACAUCUGUCCCCUCGGAAGAUAGGUACAACGAUUAUAUUGCUCUAACCACCUCAAUUGUCAACGCCUGCCGGGGUCUUGGUGCUUACAUCAACAACACUAACAGUCCCGACACAGCACUUUUUCAUAGAAAUUUUGCAGACCUCCUUCUCAGACGCUUUAUACUCCAAAUCCAUCGACCCCUUGUUGGCCAAACCCGAACCAACCCAUUGUACUAUUACUCGAGAAAGAUGAGCCUCGAUGCGGCUAUGGCGAUACUCUCUCCGGUCUCGAGAAAUACCGAGUUCGCACACCUUGUGCUCCUCGGGGCCGGUCUGUUCAAGAACCGUAUGAUCCACGCGUCUCUAGCCGUGGCGUCGGAAUUACUAAUGGAAAUUAAAGAGCAAGCACCAUUAGGUCACCACUUGCUCACAGCGGACGUUUCUGCAUACAGGAAGAUAUUGACAGAGGCCCUGAAAGAAGGAAUCCGGCAGUCGGCAGAGCGAAUUCGCCUUGGAGAAACAAAUGUGAAACUACAUAUGAAAUUGAGCAUGGCUCUCUGUCAGUCAGAAAUGGCAGGCGAGAGUUCUUCAUUGACGCACCAUUUGGUCCAAAGCGCCAAGAAGAGUCUGGAACAAUCGUAUGCUACAAUCUUAGAGCGGGCAGCUUCUGAAGGGGUAGAAAUUGAACCUUGGGAACGUGGUAGGACAUUUGAGGACGUUGAACGAACGGACUUCGAUCCAGAGAGCUUCUCAAUGCUCUCUGACUUCAACCUAGAUGACCUGUUCUUUCUUCCUCCUGAAUUCAACACCCACGUAACAUGA